CUUCAGACUAGGUUGCACAAGGCAGCAAAGUAUGCAUUCUUGCAGGUGAACUGGAAUUAUCAGGUGCUCUUUCAUUUGGAAUGAUGGAAUCUAUCAUCAGACAUUGCUACAUUAUGACUCCAAAAUAAUUUUCCAAGGCAAACAAUGGAGGAGAUGACGUUUUCCUAUGAAAAUAUGAAUAUGAUAUACACUGGCAUAGUUUCAAGUGUAUUGCAGACAUUGAUGAUGGUGAAGAGAUAAAUGGAAGAGAUAACUGCAUAUAUCAAAGGUUCCAUAUGUGAAGAUCAAUGCCUAGGGAAGUGCCUUUACAUACAUGGUGUUCCCGGGACAGGAAAGACAAUGAGUGUAUUAUCAGUAAUGAGGAACCUCAAAUCUGAGGUAGAUGCUGGAAGUAUUAAGCCUUACUGUUUUGUAGAAAUUAAUGGUCUAAAAUUGACUCCAUCUGAACAUAUUUACAGUGUUAUUUAUGAAGCAUUAAAUGGACAAAGAGUUGGUUGGAAGAAAGCUCUUAAGCUCUUAAAUGAAAGAUUCUCAAAUGGAACUGAGCGUGGAAAAGAGGAUAACCGCCCCUGUAUUCUUCUUAUUGAUGAACUUGUUCUUCUAGUAACUGUGUUUGCUUAUUACUUAUCUAGUUGCUUAUGUGGCACUGAAUUUGUAAAUGAGAUUUAGGAAAUUAUUUUUUUCUUGGUGCAAUUAGUUUGCAAUUUUGCAUGAAGGAAGGCUACAAAUUAAAGCUGCUUGAAUGAGUAGACAUUAAUUUUGUUUCUAGAUUACAAUGCCAAACUUAAUUGUGUGCAGUGAUAUUGAGAUUCAGUCUAAUCCUACCUGUGAUUUCUUUGGCA